UUUAAUGUCCACAAUCACUCGGCAAGCAGUUAAGAAGAGAAGUAUUCUCACAAGAGGCCUUAACAUCCAGGGUCAGCUCGGAAUCAGGAGCAAGCUUCAGAACUGUGAAGAGUUCAGACCAGUGGAUUUACUCCAGGAUAUGAACAUUACUCAUUUAGUGUGCGACCAUAGCCAGAAUUAUGCUGUUAUCAAUAAUAAAUCGUUGAUUUUCUGGGGAUGGCCUCUUUGCACAAAGACAACCUAUAAAGUACUUGAAAUAUACCACAAGUUGCCUAGCUUCAUGAGGCUUUGGCAGAAUUACGCUCCUUUUUUCAAGGCUGCAAUCCAGGAGCCCGUGAUUGAGGCUGAAUUUUCUGUUGAUUCUAUCAAGAGUAUCGAUGUUGGAUGAGGUUAUGUAGCAGUCGUCGAUAACAAAAAUAAGCUAUAUAUGUGGGGUGAUAACUACGCAGGCCAGCUUGGCCAGAAUGAUAAUGUACAUAGAGACACACCUCUGAUCGUCCAGUCUCUGCUUGAUGAUGCGAUCAUUGAUGUCAGCUGAGGGUUCCAGCAUGCACUUGCACUCAGCGCAGACGGCACUGUUUUUGGUAUUGGCAAAAAUGAUAGAUACCAAUGUGGAGAAGAGAAGAAAUUAAAUGAUGAGAGUGGUGAAAUCACUAAUUCUUUUGGUGAUCCCUUCCCUAUCAGAGGCUUUAAUCCUACAAUGGAUAAAAAAGAAGCUUCUCAUGCUGGGAAUGAGCCUAUAAUUCAAGCGAAAGCAGGGAAAUUUCAUUCCUUGUUUCUCUCCGAUAGAGGCAGAGUUUACGGACUUGGAAGUAACAUUUAUGGUCAACUUUGACAAUCAAAUAACAUUCUGAAUAAAGCUACUCAUCCAACAGAGAUAUUCCUAGAUGGAAUGAAAAUCAAACAGAUCGAGGUGGGAAACCAUCACUCUAUGCUCCUUAAUGAUGAAGGAAGAUUGUUCGUAUUUGGGUCAAAUCUUGUUGGACAAGUCACUUCUAAGCAUUCCACUGGAAUUGUGAAUUAUCUACAUGAGAUCUCCCUCCCUUCAGAUUCUAAAAUUGAGAGAAUAAAGGCAAGCAACCUUAGAAGCUGAGCCUUCCUUGAAAACGGAGAGGUCUGGUUCUGGGGAGGAUUCUUUUAUAGAGAGAAGAAGAGACUCGUUAUUGAUGAUUUUAACCUUCUUAAUGAAGAAGAAGGAAUCCCUUCUGAUGUAAAAAUAGCAGAUUACCACAUGGGUUUCGGCCAUGAUGUUGUUAUGACUGAAGAAUUAGACCACCCACCAAUAAAUAUCGACUCAGAGUAUCAUAAUUUAGAAGGUGAAAAUGCUGUUGUAUAAACAUAUAAUCUCAUCAAUAUCUCAACCUAAAAAU